AGCAAAGCUUUCUCAUUUCCUCGUAAUUGCCGGCGAAUUUUACUAAAGGGUUGGUUGAGCAAUGAAGGGAGCGACUCUCGUUGCUCUCGCCGCCACUAUCGGCAAUUUCUUGCAAGGAUGGGACAAUGCCACCAUUGCUGGAGCUAUGGUUUAUAUCAACAAAGACUUGAAUCUACCAACCUCUGUUCAAGGUCUUGUGGUUGCAAUGUCAUUGAUCGGUGCUACGGUCAUCACGACUUGUUCAGGACCGAUAUCUGAUUGGCUCGGGAGACGCCCGAUGCUCAUUUUAUCAUCAGUAAUGUAUUUCGUCUGCGGUUUGAUAAUGUUGUGGUCUCCCAAUGUCUAUGUUCUGUGCUUUGCUAGGCUUCUUAAUGGGUUUGGUGCCGGGCUCGCGGUUACGCUUGUCCCUGUUUACAUUUCUGAAACCGCUCCUCCCGAGAUCAGAGGACAGUUAAAUACUCUCCCUCAGUUUCUUGGCUCUGGUGGAAUGUUUUUGUCUUACUGUAUGGUUUUCACUAUGUCCCUGAGUGAUUCGCCUAGCUGGAGAGCGAUGCUCGGUGUCCUUUCGAUCCCUUCUCUUCUUUAUUUGUUUCUCACGGUGUUUUAUUUGCCCGAGUCUCCUCGUUGGCUGGUUAGUAAAGGAAGAAUGGACGAGGCUAAACGGGUUCUUCAACAGUUAUGUGGCAGAGAAGAUGUUACUGAUGAGAUGGCUUUACUAGUUGAAGGACUAGAUAUCGGAGGAGAAAAAACAAUGGAGGAUCUCUUAGUAACUUUGGAGGAUCAUGAAGGUGAUGCGCUUGAAACCGUUGAUGAGGACGGACAAAUGCGGCUUUAUGGAACCCACGAGAAUCAAUCAUAUAUUGCUAGACCUGUCCCAGAACACCAGAGUUCAGUUGGGCUACGCUCUCGCCAUGGAAGCUUAGCAAACCAAAGCAUGAUCCUUAAAGAUCCGCUCGUCAAUCUAUUCGGCAGUCUCCACGAGAAGAUGCCAGAAGCAGGAGGAAACACUCGGAGUGGGAUCUUUCCUCAUUUUGGAAGCAUGUUCAGUACUAAUGCCGAUGCGCCUCACGGUAAACCGGCUCAUUGGGAAAAGGACAUAGAGAGCCAUUACAACAAAGACAAUGAUGACUAUGCAACUGAUGAUGGUGCGGGUGAUGAUGAUGACUCGGAUAAUGAUCUGCGUAGCCCGUUAAUGUCACGCCAGACAACAAGCAUGGACAAGGAUAUGAUCCCACAUCCUACAAGUGGAAGCACUCUGAGCAUGAGACGGCACAGUACGCUUAUGCAAGGCAAUGGCGAAAGCAGCAUGGGAAUUGGUGGUGGUUGGCAUAUGGGAUAUAGAUAUGAAAACGACGAAUACAAAAGGUAUUAUCUUAAAGAGGAUGGCGCUGAAUCUCGCCGUGGCUCGAUCAUUUCUGUUCCUGGAGGUCCUGAUGGUGGAGGCAGCUACAUUCACGCUUCUGCCCUUGUAAGUAGAUCAGUUCUUGGUCCUAAGUCGGUCCAUGGAUCUGCCAUGGUUCCCCCGGAGAAAAUCGCUGGCUCUGGACCACUCUGGUCUGCUCUUCUUGAACCUGGUGUUAAGCGUGCGUUGGUCGUUGGUGUCGGCAUUCAGAUACUACAGCAGUUUUCGGGUAUCAAUGGAGUUCUCUACUACACUCCUCAGAUUCUCGAACGGGCUGGCGUAGAUAUUCUUCUUUCGAGCCUCGGACUAAGUUCCAUCUCGGCGUCAUUCCUCAUCAGCGGUUUAACAACAUUACUCAUGCUCCCAGCCAUUGUCGUUGCCAUGAGACUCAUGGAUGUUUCCGGAAGAAGGUCAUUACUUCUCUGGACAAUCCCAGUUCUCAUCGUCUCACUUGUCGUCCUUGUCAUCAGCGAGCUCGUCCACAUUAGCAAAGUCGUGAACGCAGCGCUCUCCACAGGUUGUGUCGUGCUCUACUUCUGUUUCUUCGUGAUGGGCUACGGUCCGAUUCCAAACAUCCUCUGUUCUGAAAUCUUCCCAACAAGAGUCCGUGGUCUCUGCAUCGCCAUUUGCGCUAUGGUGUUUUGGAUCGGGGACAUUAUUGUCACUUACUCACUUCCCGUUCUCCUCAGCUCGAUCGGACUAGUUGGUGUUUUCAGCAUUUACGCUGCGGUUUGCGUUAUCUCAUGGAUCUUCGUUUACAUGAAAGUCCCGGAGACUAAAGGCAUGCCUUUGGAAGUUAUCACAGACUACUUUGCCUUUGGAGCACAAGCACAAGCUUCUGCUCCUUCUAAGGAUAUAUAAUUUGUAACCUUGAUUCUUCUUCUUCUUCAUUUGCUCUGUGUACUUAAAGAAUCUCUUCAUCCCCUUUUUGUUUUGUUUCUCAGAAACCUUCAUUUUGUUUUUGUUUCUUUUCUUUUUUUCCUUUGUUUCGUUAUCAAGCUAAUAAUUACUCAAUUUUCUC